UGAAAACAUGUGCAUUAACAUAUAUUGGAUGAUGGUGUUUUGGUCAUAAAAAUUAUCACCAAAGGAUAUAAGCUUUUUAUGUAAAGGAUCAGAAAUUUGAAAUGCCUUGUGGGGGUUUGAUGAAAACUCAAACCGCAUCAAACUGAGAAAUGGUAUCACUCAUGUUUGUGCACUCUGGCUGACCAAGUUUCGUCUGCUCGGUUUUUGUUUUGUUUUUUAUGUAUGUCAUUUUUAGAUGCUGUCUGUUCUCAACGCGAGGAACCAUCCUAUGUUCUUCUGGGGUGCUAGGGAGGGCCAACAGUUGCAGUAGCAAAUCUAACUGAAAUGAAAACCUCCACUAUCCUAAGCCUUUCUGUAACUGUCUUUUCUCUUUUUCCUGUUUGUGUUGCCACUGCAAGCCAAUAGCUGGUGCCAUUUUCAGCUAUUAGAACUGUUAGAACAAGUCACCUUUCCACAUGGAAGCAAUAGAGGUGCCGGCCAGAGUUGUCUGCAUUAUUUUGCUGUUGUACGUUGACGGGUAGUUGGUUGUGUUGUGUUCUGGGAAGGCACGUGAGUGUGCCUCACUCGAUUUUAACCUGGUACCUGGGGAUCAGAGAACUUGUGAGCUGCAGCCUUGUACUCUGGAUGGAGAAGUACAUGACCAAAUUGAUGGAGAACACAAGGUGAUUCCUUGCAGCAGACACUGUGGGAAGUGGAAACCGGACGCUGAGCUAGAGGCCACUGCCCUUCAGAGGUGAUUGAGACAGCCCAACAUCUGUCUACUUCAUACAAAGCUUUUCAUCUUAAAGUUCCUGUCCUAAUACACGACAGUUGAGUUAAAUUGUCUGUGAUAUUCAACACAACACUGAUCUGUAUGCCUGAGAGAAGGAAGGGCGGACUCACAUUUCCUUUCUAAAGUGGAAACAGCCCUGAGUGCAGACCAUUCUAAAGUCUGAUAUUUAAACAGAAUUGUAAGACAUCACAUUCUUUUAUUUGGAACGAACACUGGCCCGAGUUACUAGAAAGCUCAUAACACUGAGUGUGCACACUCACAGGCCAGAAAAGAAAAACUUUCCAACACCCAAUUUUAACAUUGUGCUAAAGUCAUUUACUGUUAAAACCCUGAAGUUAAAUAUGAUCCCUUCCCCUCUCCCCACCCCUUCUCUCUUAGGUUAGUGUUUGGGGGACAGGCAAGGGGCUGGGGAUUGGCCUCAACUUGGAAUUGCUGCCAAGGGCUCGUAAUACAAUCUCUCCCAUUUGAAGGGUAAAUCAGUGUCAACUGCGUUUGCUGUCCAGCAGAAAAAAAGUAAGCAUUUUACUUCCGCUCGGUCCGUGUGGACUGAUGAAAUGUAGGAAAUCUGUUUCUGGCUAGUGGGAUUAAAAUCAUUUUCCCAAACAGCACCAAGAGGAGCCAUCACAGAAGUAUGAAGAGGGGCGGCGCGGACACAGCUGCCGCCAAGGUGCUGCUGUGCUGCAGGGAGCCGAGGCCACAGGACCUGUGUCUGGAGAAGUCACAGGGGCGCAGCCGGGAGCGCCUGCGCUGCUGAGCUGCUGCUGCUGCUGCUGAGCUGCAGGGAGCAGUGGGCUCCGGCUUGAUCAAUGAGCCCUUCUUCAAGGAAUGCCCUGCUCUAGCUGUGGAGAGUGUGGUGGUGGUCCUUUCCAAUAUGGGUGUUCAGGUUCUGACUGCGUAAGAGAAGCAGGUGUCAGGAGUGGAUAAAUGAUGUGCACUGCCCUGAGCCCUAAGGUUCGCAGCGGACCUGGCCUGUCUGAUAUGCAUCAGUACAGCCAGUGGCUGGCCAGCAGACAUGAAGCUAAUUUGCUGCCGAUGAAAGAAGACUUGGCCUUGUGGUUGACCAAUCUAUUAGGGAAAGAAAUAACAGCAGAAACCUUCAUGGAGAAGUUGGAUAAUGGUGCCUUGCUCUGUCAGCUUGCAGCAACUGUGCAGGAAAAAUUUAAAGAAAGCAUGGAUGCCAACAAGCCUGCCAAGACUCUGCCCCUGAAGAAGAUUCCCUGCAAAGCCAGCGCACCCUCAGGCUCCUUUUUUGCCCGAGACAACACAGCCAAUUUCUUAUCCUGGUGCCGAGACUUGGGGGUGGACGAAACCUGUCUUUUUGAAUCUGAAGGCCUGGUUCUGCACAAGCAGCCCCGAGAAGUGUGUCUCUGUUUACUAGAGCUUGGCCGGAUUGCAGCCAGGUAUGGUGUGGAGCCUCCUGGUCUGAUAAAGCUGGAAAAAGAAAUUGAACAAGAAGAGACCCUGUCUGCCCCGUCUCCUUCACCUUCUCCUUCAUCCAAGUCUUCAGGAAAGAAGAGCACUGGGAACCUACUGGACGACGCAGUAAAAAGAAUCUCUGAAGAUCCUCCCUGCAAGUGCCCAACUAAGUUCUGUGUGGAGCGACUCUCUCAAGGUCGAUACCGAGUGGGAGAGAAGAUCCUCUUCAUCAGGAUGCUGCAUAACAAGCACGUGAUGGUCCGUGUAGGAGGAGGCUGGGAGACCUUCGCAGGCUAUCUGCUCAAGCAUGACCCCUGCCGCAUGCUACAGAUCUCUCGUGUGGAUGGCAAGACAUCCCCUGUCCAGAGCAAAUCCCCAACCCUCAAGGACAUGAAUCCAGAUAACUACCUGGUGGUCUCUGCCAGCUACAAGGCUAAGAAGGAGAUUAAAUGAAGCUCGUCUCUGAAAGGA